AUGAGUAAACCGAACGUGAAUGUUUCACAGCGCUUUCCGACUAAUCUCAUCUCCGACAAAUCUCUUCUAGUUGAACAACUUCUCAAUCCAUGUCGACAUCGUUGGGUGGAACAGACCAGUCUGUCUCCUUUGCAUACCGUUGUAGAUAUGUCACGCUACGACGAUAUUCAAGGAAUCGUCCAUGACGGAUAUGCUACGGAUUACGCAAUGUGCUCGGUGAUGAGACCAAAUUGGGACGAAACCAAAUUAGGAGUGAAAUCGACUUCAAACAAUCACGUUUUUCAGGAAUCAUUUGAACAACCUCACACAUUUCAAAUGAUGCAACCGCACUCGUUUGCAAUUCAGGUCUAUGCAACAACUUUUCUCUCAGUCUAUAUUGAGGAUGAACUUUCGGCAAGGCAUGUUCCAUGGAUGCAGAAAAUCUCCUUUAUGGCCCUCAUCGACGCCAUGGCAGCCACAAUGUUCAUCGCCGCACUGAAAACGUGGGAUAUUUUUUAA